CUCCUAUGAGUCCGCCCGUUGUGGCAACAUCAUCUCGCUCGGACAAGGGGAAGUCCUCACGAAUGGAUGAGUCGCUGGUGGCAAGCUUGGCCGAGGGCGUGCCAUCUUCUACGAUUGUCGACGAGGACGCUGACAGGAUUGUGCGUUCUAUCCAGGAUUUGUUCGCUUCUUGGGGGCAGGUCCAAAUGCCUCGCCCUGCUCCAUCUGGUUGUCCUGCCGCUUCUUCAGAGGAUGAUUUGAAGUUCUUGAAGGAGGCGAGGAUGACUGCUAAGAAGCGUAACGCCUCUCAGGGGAUUGAGCAAACUAAAUCUUUGGUCGAACAGUACAAGAAGUUGGAGGACUUGUGA